CUGUAUACCUGGCUUCGUUUUCGCCAGGACUACCUCGACAAGUUGAUGCGUUCCGAGGGGCGGGGCUUUUCGUGCGGACAGAACACAUGCAGUCGGUGUCAUCGAGCUGAUAUCCUGUAUCGUUGUAAGGACUGCAGCGGUGGGGAGAUGUUCUGCAAGGGCUGUACGGUGGAGGAGCAUUCGUUGCUCCCCCUACAUAUUAAAUGGACCGGCAGGUUCUUUCGCAGGGUUCGUCUCGCAUCGUUGGGUUUGCAGAUGCAGCUCGGUCAUCCACCCGGAGAAUCGUGUGUAUGCUUUCACCCUGGCAACAAAGACUUCAUUGUCCUCCAUACCAACGGCAUCCACCAGGUCGCGAUCGAUUUUUGCAGCUGCUACCAGAAAGCUGACCAUUGGCGCCAACUUGCUCGAUACCGAUGGUAUCCCGCCACACCGCUCAAUCCCCAAACAUGCACGACGUUUGAGCUCCUCCGGUUAUUUCAGACUAUGAACCUCCAGGGCAAGAUCACCACCUACAACUUCUACCAUGGCCUUGUCCGACUUACUGAUGGGUAUGGCAUCGAGCCUCCUCCGGACCGUCUUCCUUCCUUCAUGAUUAUGGAGCAGGAGUGGCACAACCUCUUGCUUCUGAAAAGAGCGGGGGUGGGGUUAGAUCUGAGCGGUGUCAAAGGCACGAAGCAGGGUGCGUUAGCAGUACAGUGCCGAGCCUGUCCCAUCCCCGAAGUCAAUAUUCCGAAGGGUUUUGAAUGUGCACCAAGGGAGGAAGCGUAA